UUUCACUGUCCGAGGGGAGAUUUGGAGAACUUGUAUGCUCUCCCAGUCGCUCGGUCAUCUUUCCUUUAAGCUCACUCGGAAGCACUUGGCUCAGCGAGCGGGUGUUGCAGAAUGAUGCGACCCAAAGAUUUACGCCAGGGCUCCGGCACCAAGACCUUCCUCGAUGCCAUGCACGGCGGCAAAGUUCACCUUGCGCGCUUUAUCUUGGACGCCUUGGACGGACGGAUCAUCAACUCAAAGACCGAAAACAGCCGCACCCCGCUCAUUUAUGCCGUCUGUCUCCAAGAAGCCGGGACGAGAGCCAAAUUCGCUCGGCUCCUACUUGAGAAAGGGGCCGAUGUCAACUGUCAGGAUGAAGAGGGUCGCACAGCCCUGAGUCAUGCCUGCGAGUUGGGUCACCUCGACGUGGUCAAGAUUCUAGUUCAGUUCAAUGCCGAUCCAGAUAUCGCCGAUGUGUGGGGGAACAGCGCUCUCAUGUAUGCCGCCUUUUCUGGGCACAGUCAGGUGCUUGAAUUUCUGGUCCGGGCUUUCAAAAGACUUGGGCUGAGACUGGAUCGAAUGAAUAAUGCCGGACAUACAGCCGUCGAGGUGGCUGACUUCUUUGGACACAACCACUGUGUGCAGAUUUUAAACUUGCAGUACAGACGGAGUGUGGGCGCUGAUGAUUCACUUGAUCCAGGAAAUGUUGGCGAUGGAGAGCUGCCCAACAGACUCCCCAGGCAGGUCUUGGAAAAGUUCUCCAAACAGGUGAGCGGCAAAGAAGACCAACUACCGGGGCUGUUUCAGAAGCAGACGAAGAUCGGGGACGGCAACGGACUGUGGAACCGCUUCGCAUGUCCCAGGAACCAGAGCCGUGAACAGAACCAUCGGCACAAGUGUUUCCCGCCACCUCAGAAAGGCCAAACCGAUGGAGAUGAGAAUCUUUUCUUCACGGCCACACAACUCCAAAACUGCCAGCUUCGCAAUCAGAGAGCGACGAGGACGCUCAACACGCCGCCCGAGGCAAACGCAAAAGAAGUCGAAGAAGAAACCGGACCUCAAAAGAGAGCACUGCAAAGGUUUCCUCCCUGCGGGAAAGCAAAAUCGUUCAACCUGGAGCUUUUGAGCAUCAGAAAGCAGUCCUACCAGGGAGACGUGCACGACUCCAACUUGUCAGCCAGCAAAUUCAAGAGAGCCUCGCUUCAGGAUGACCAAUGUCUCCUGGACAAGAUGGAAUGUCAGGGGAACUCCCGGGUCCUGACAAAUCAUUCAGAAAAAGCAGCCGCGGUUCCAAAAGCUCCUUCGGGCAUCAAGACUCAGAUGGUCAAAGCCCUUGAGGAGAAGACAAAGACGACAGACGAGCUGCAGAAGAAGGGAAGUUUUGCCCACAGCGGCAGACACAACAAAAUGAUGUUCAGCCGAGGGGAGACGGAGGCGGGCAAGAUGCCCGGCCGCGGCCCGGGGUUGAUGGGCCUUGGAACCAGACUGCUCCGUCGAUUCACCGCACCUGAGUUCAUGAGGAUGGUCAUCGACUGUUCCUCGGGCUCGUCAAACGGCAGAGGACGAAUGUCGCGCUCCGAGACCUUCCCACUCUCCCACACGCACCAGCAGGUCAACAGUCAGCCGAGCGUGGAUAGCAUCAGCGGAGUCAAAUGUGAGUUUGAAAGCGCCUCGUCUCAGUCGGCCCUCGAUUAGGACCACGGAAAGGAGUUCGGACCAUGCAAAUGACAAGUGGUCUGACUUUCAAAGCGCUUACAGUGCGGCGUGGUUGCUUGCCGAUGAAGUCUGUGUUCGACAAAUCGAUAAUACUCACAUGCUGAUGUCUUGUUUUUUUUUUUGGGGAGGUGGGGAGGGGCGGAGUUGAUUUAUAUGUACAAUCACCGGCGAAAAAUGCUCACUUUGACAUUAUCAGGGAAUUUGUGAUUUUUCUUUUGGUUAUGAUGCUCUCUUUAACUCAUUCACUCCCAAAGACGUUUUUAAACGUCUUUUCAGACUUGGUCUAGAAUUGGCUGGUGCUGAAUUGGUUACAGAAGUUAUCAGAAACACCCACCCAGGUAUCUACAAAGCUGUGUGCUUGUACACCACUGCAACUAUUUUUUUUUUUUUAA